AUGAAUAAUUUACAGCUGCAACAGCAGCAGAUGUUUAAUCAAACUCCUCAAACUCAAUUUCAACAACCACCAAAUUCAGGUGAUAAGAGGAAUUUCAAUGGUAUACCAUUUCAACAACAACCACAACAACAAUCUCAACAACAGCAACAAUUUCAAUCACCAGUCAUAAAUAAUCAACAAACCCCGGGGAACUUAAAUAAUAAUCCUCAACAACAACAACAACAAGGACCUACAAAAUUCAAUAUGACUCCUAGUCAAUCAUUCAACAAUCAGUUACCAAAUAAUACAAGACCUGGUUUACAAAGAAAUGCAAAUUUUAGUGGAAGUCCAACAAGUUCUCAAUCUAUUCAAACUAAUGGUCAACAACAAUCACAAAAAAAUGGAAAUACAUUACAAAAACCAAAUAAUCCAAAUCAAUCAAAUAAUAAUUCUCAAGGUCAUACUCCAAUAAUUGGAAAUCAACAACCUCCACCUCAAAAUUCACAACAAAUACAACCUCAAACUCAAAUCCAACCACCACCACCAAAUCAACAACAAAAUAGAAUCAACCCUUCAAUGCAACAAUCUCCAAUGUAUCAACAACAACCUCCACCACCAAACCAAUUUAAUAAUUUUGCAAUACCUCCAAAUAUAAAUUUAGCUAAUCUAUCACCAGCUCAAAGACAAAUGCUAGUUCAACAACAACAAAUGCAACAACAACAACAAUUACAACAAAUGCAACAACAACAACAACAACAACAGCUACAGCAAACACAACCACCUCAACAACAAAUACAUCCUCAACAACAAAUUCCAAAACAAAUUCCUCAACAAAUGCAACAAGGACCACCACUACAAAACCAACAACCUAAACCAAACGAGAUGUUACAACAACAAGAACUUAACACUAGAAUAAUAAAAAGAAAUUUAGGUAAUGCAGCAGCAAUGAGAGUGUUAGAUUUUAUUGAUUUUAUAACGAAUGAAACUUUUGAAAAUAUAAAAAAUUUAGAAUUUUGGCAAAGAGUUAUACCUGCUUAUUUUUUAUCAAAUUCUACAUUGAAAUUAAAUUUUACCAAAUUAAAAGAUAAUAAUCAAAAACCAUUAAAUGAAAUCACCGGAUUAAAUUUCUCAUUUUUAAAAUCACUAAAUAACAACAUUAACUCAUCUUCACCACCAAAUUCAGAUCCAAAUCAUUUUGAACUAAGUGUAUCAUCAUUACCUCAUUUUCUAACAAAAAGUAUCGAGAACUCACAACUUAAAAAAUUUCAAAUCUUUUUACCAAAUUUAAAAUUCCAAGUAUUAAACAAUGGAUCAGUUAUAGUUAUAUCAAAAUUAGAAUUACAUUUCACUUAUAAUGACGAAUCAAUAACAAAAUUAAUUGGUGGUUUCAAAGUAUUAAUGAGUAGAGAUCUUAGAAUAGAAUGGAUGGAUUUAGAAUUUCUUAAAUAUGAAAGUCUUUUUAAUUUUUCACAAAUUUCAUCAUCAUCACAACAACCGAUAAAUAAAAUAUAUGAAAAUUCAAUAACAAAACAAAAUGAAUUAACAUUUGGUUUAAAUAAAUCAAGUAUUAGAAAUCUACAAAUUAAUGAUACUUUAUGUAAUUUAAAACAAUUAAUGGAAUUUAGUCAAUUGAAUAAUAUUGCAUCACCUCAAAGAGCUUUAGAAAUUUUACUUAAUAAUUCAAAUGGACCACCUCAACCUCCUCCUCAACAACAACAACAACAACCACCACAGAAUAGAAAUCAGCCAAUAAAUAAAAAAUAG